AAUGCACAGCCACUCUCAUCAGAUCAUACUCGGAUCGCAUGUUAACAGCCACAAAGGUUGCAAUCUUGGACUCUCUUUCUUACCUCCUCUCUCCCGCUCACACAAAAUCCAUCAAGCUCUUCUUCCCCCAACUGCAAGUCAUCCUCCUCCGCGCCAUCCUCGAUCAAGAAUCUGAGGUGAAGGAGGCAGUAACAAAGGCGCUCGAGCGUCUAGUCAUCCUCCUCCCGCAGCCUCUCGGGCUACUUGAGGAUCUUCUCCAGCUCCUCGACAGGACCGCACAAAGAAACGACAAACUUGAGCUCCUGCGAUGCAUCGGCAGAAUAGUACGAGCAGGAGCAGGAGCAGGAGCAGGAGCAGGAGCAGGAGCAGGAGCAGGAGCAGGAGGAAGAGAAAACGGGAGCCGCUGGGAGGAGCUGAAAGAGGCCUUCAUCGGGACUGACAUGUCAGAGGAGGAGCGACUGAUGGCGCUGGAGCAGCUGGCAAGGAAGAGGGAGAAGGCGUGAGAUACCAAACUCUGCCACUUUCAUUGAACUUAUUCGCGC